CAAAUAUUAUAGUCUUGCUAAUUUUGCUGGCAGACUCCAAGCUUGGUCUCUUCAGCAUCAAGAUUCCCUUUCAACCAACUUUGUUAGAAGACUAAUUCCUCAAAUGGUCACUAUCCAUUCAUGAAUUUUAAAUUCCAAGGUGACGUUUGCUCUAUAAUUGAAUUCAUUUCCUGGGUUGUUUUCAUUUCGGAAAAUCAUAUGAGAUUUCAACUACAUUUCAGUCCAUCCUUGGGCCGGUUGAUUAAGGUAAAAAACUUGAGCCAGAGUCCCAAACUCGACUAAUCAUAGCACAACACGUGUUAGUAUUGAAGAAUUUUUAAUAAAAAAAUAACAAUUGAAUUAAGUUUCAGGUUCAUUAUUGCGGUUCUGCAGAUAAAAAUUUUGGCAACUCUUCUACCUCUGGAGUUUCCCUGUUAUCCAGCAUUGCUGUUGUCAUAGUCGGCAUAUCUUUAUUAAUUACAAGUGCUUUUAAUUUCUUAUCAGCCAAGAUUUGGACUUGCAACUGCAACAAGAAAUAUUCUAGUUUGGCUUGGUAUUUUAUUCAAUCCUACUUUUCUCCUCAAUCCAAUCUUCCUUCAUUGAUUGUUUUAUUUCCUGGAAUUUCCAGGUCUUGUUAUUAAAGAGGAGUUUUGGUUUCACUCCUGCUUUUUUGUGUGUUAUUCCUUAAUCUUUUACAAGUUUUGUUUAUUGACCUGAAGACAAAUCUUUGAAUGCGGAAGAGUGGAGAUGAGACAAGUUACUAUGGGUUGUAGCAACAAAGACCAGGUGGUUUCACAUGCAGGAUUUAAGGACAUGAUGGAAAGUGAAAUCAAUGAAUCCCCUUUUGCAUCCAUACCGAAACCACCUAUACAAAGUAGCAGACCAAGUAGCAUGGUUGUUAAGAAAGCACAUACUGUGAUUCCAGCUCAUAUUGUUGCUGAGGCUAUAUCAACACUCCUUGGUCUUGAUCUCAGAUGGUCAGGACCCAUCACACAAACAGAAAGAGAAUAUGUUGAACAGUAUGUAUUGGCAAAAUACCCAGAGUAUGCAGGGCAAGUUGAAAUAGAACAUAUUGACCUCUCUAGUCUUUGUAUCAAUGAAGAGUCGUGUGAGCCUGCAAUUGAUGAUAAAAAGAAAUCACCUAGAAGAGAGUCCUCCACACCUUCCUUUGGAAGCAAUCUUCCCGACCUGGACAGGAUUCAAUUGGAGGCAUCGAGACUGCUCGACAUCCUCACCAAGAAAUCUUCCUUUCCUGGAAGUUUCAUUUCAAUUCCUGAAAUUCAAGCUCGAAACAAAGUUUUGAAGCAUUGCGGAUUACCAGAUAAUGACUAUCUUGUUCUGUUCACUCCAAACUACAAGGAUGCGAUGAUGCUAGUUGGAGAAAGCUACCCUUUUUUCCGAGGGAACUUCUACAUGACCAUCAUUGGUGAAGAAAUGGAUUACGUACGAGAGUUUGCCAGUUACAAGGAAGCAAAAGUGAUCUUGGCCCGUGAAUCUUGGUUGGAUUUGAGAAUCAAGGGAUCACAACUUAGCCAGUACUUCAGGAGGAAGUGUAAGCACAGUCCAAAGGGUUUGUUCUCUUAUCCAGCUGAUGUAAAGGGGAUGCGUUAUUCCAUGCAUUGGAUUUCAGAAGCUCACAGGAAUUCAUGGCACGUUCUGCUUGAUGCAACUGCCUUGGUUGUUGGACAGGAUCGAUUGAACCUUGCACUUCAUCGACCCGACUUUGUUCUUUGUAGUCUGGAGAAUACGCACGCUGAUCAACCAUCAAGGAUAACUUGCCUUCUGGUCAGGAAGAAAUCCUUUGAAACUACAACAUCUUCAUCUCAUGUCACCGAGUGAAAAGUGGGAUUAGCUUUUGUGAAUACGCUAUAUGUUUAAAUUAUUGAACCCAAAUUUAUGCCAAUAUAUUUUGGAAGUAGGAAACUUCGAACAAAUAUAAUUAGUUACAUUUAUACAAUUGUGGCAAGUUUCUAAAGUUGUUUACAAGGAUUCUUAAAUCUUAACCUCAGCUGGUUCCUUUAAAGCUGGGGUUUCGUUGCUUCAAGCUACCAAUUCGAAAAAAGAAAGCCUUUCAAGCCAACAGAAAAGGAAAAAUUACAUAAAGAGUUGAGUUUCUUUUUAACUUGGAAAUUUGGUAUACUUGAAAAUUCUAUUACUUGGAGAAGGCAUGUUUCCACUUUAUCAGGUCAAGGUGUAUUUUCAUACAUUAAUCAAGUUAUUUAGGUGAAAAACUAGAAAAAUUCAAUGUCCAACGCAUUAAAAGCAUGGAGUCCAAGUGUCAGAACUAAGGACAAUCAUCUUUAGGGUAAUGAAAAAUUCAUGGUUUUUUCAAAGUGGACCAUGACAUUUUUCAUGCAAGUCUGGUAGGGUGGAGAUGGUUUAAGGUUUAGGCCCAUCACUGUUUCAAAAAGCCAUGUCAAAAGUCUUCGCUCCCAUCCUCCAUGUUUUUCAAGUUUACUUGUUUCUGGAUUUGCAAGUCACAAUCUUCAAGCGAUCAAUUCAAUCAAACAAUUCCUCCAUUGUUACUCGGUUUCUGGCUUAGCAAUUUGUCACCUUUACCUUCAUGUUAAAUAGUCAUAGUGAGCUCCAGCCUUUGGUGAAACUUACUAUGGAUAUUUGGUUUGUGAUUUUGGGUUCUGGGCUGGCAAGGCAAAAUGAUUUUCCAUUUGGUUCCUUCAAAGAAA